CAAUGACGUACGUAGUUCCCGGGGAAAAAGCGGGGAAUGAUGUGACGCGCUCCGGUAAUGUCGUUCUCAGUCACUCGCGGAGUUCGGUUUCGGAGUAAUCGAGGAAGAACUGUCUCGCGCGUUGCGUGUACCGCCUGCGACUCUUCUCGCGUUCACGAAAAGAAAUCUCGCGGAAAAGGACAGUCGUAAACGCGCGCGUUUCGUCAUCGCGCGUAACAACGUACCUAUCCUCGUUGGCUCCGUGUCGUUUGUCACGUCCUGCAUGGCUUUGUGACACACGCGGACCGCAAAUCGGUCGCGACGAAGAAGAAGAAGAAGAAAUGGCUCGUCCGCGCCUCGUCUACCCGUUUAUGAUUGCGAUCGUGAUCGCGCACCUGUGCUCGUGCACGCGUUACAAAUACACCGAGUAUUACCUCGAGAACGAUAAGAUCUGUCACAUCUUGAACGAAAAGCGACAGCUCGACAUACGCAACGGCGUCGCGGCGAUUGUCAGCGUGAAACACAUGUUUGACCGGUGGAUGGUCAAGUCCGAUCGCAAUUGCACCUUCGUAUUCAAGACUGAGAAAGGCGAGGGUCUGUUUGCAGUGAUUCACAAGAUGUUUUUGCGCACCAAAGGCGACAACUGUCUGGAUUACAUUCGGUUCAAAAAGAGCGACGGUCAAUACACCAGCAAGUUCUGCGGAGAGAUAGAUCGCAGUCAUACAUAUUCGUAUCCAGUAGCCGAUUCUUCUGUUUCGUUCGAUGCGAACGAUAAUUACGACAAAUUCACCGAAUACGAUCCUAUUCGGAAAAAGUACAUGAUCUUUGAAGCAAAAGCUGCGAUUGAAACUGAAAUAGUAAUCUCCAAGGAAGAAGUGCCCAGGGGAUGGUCUCUGGACCUCACUAUAAUUUACACUCCUUACAAAAGUAUGGGUUGCAAUAAAGUCGAUCUUAAGGAAUACGCACCGGUAGGAUUUGAUAUUUGCAUCCGAAGAGAAUACGUAUGCGACAAGAUGGCCAAUUGUCCGCUAAACGUGUGCUCGGACGAGAGGAACUGCGAGUAUUCCAACUUAGAUCAAUCCAAGGAAGACACUGCGACAAAAGUCACCGUGGGGGCAGUCACCACCAUGAUCCUGUGUUUCAUCAUCUUCGUCAUGUGUCUUUGGAUCUGCAAGAAGUCGCACAAGUUGUGCUGGUCGUCGGAUUGCGCGGGUCCGAACGUUUGUUCACGACCGACCUCACUGUCGCAAGAUGUAGAGGCGAUUCCGAAUUCAAAUCGCGCAGUACCCACAGCCCCUAUGCUGGAGGUGGCGGUAUCCUCACCGGUCGUGGACAAGGAUCUACCUCCCAGUUAUGACUCGUUGUUCCCCGAACAAAGCAAUCCUGCCAGAACGUAAGUGUUGGAUAUAAUUCAGAGUUGGAAGCGCAUUACAAACACGAAGUGUCCAAGUUGUAUUGAUUUUGAUUUAGACUCGUAAGCGUGUUAUAAAACACGCAAGACGUCUAAUGUUUUAAUUAGACGCUGUUGCGUGCACUCGGUGACGUAACUAGACCCUUUUCCUAUAUACACAUGUGUAUAAACACACUUGAAGUGUGAGCGGAGUUUUUGUUACAAAUAAGACUUGUACAAAUUAACUGAAUAUCAUGCAUCAAGUUAUACAUAUAGCCGUAAUAACUCGCGGCAGAAAAACGAAUUUUACAAAAGCGGAGUUUUGCGAUCGUUGUUCUUAUAAAUAAGUUUUAGCACGACAGACCUUGUCAAGGUGAAUCUCAUUUUUGUGAUACCGGUUAUUUUUACGCACGAACGAUAUCUUAGCAAAUCAACAAAUAUCGUAGGUAUAAAUUUGAAUUGAUAAUGCGGUUUUACUCUCAUCCCUCCCUCUCACAAUCAGAACGCUGCUACUUCACCGUCCAUUUCUAGUUACGCCACCAUACACUGUCGCAUUAACACUAACUUGUUUCGUUGUUUCUUGUAUACGUUAGUGAGAUUACGAAAAUGCAGCAAAUUGAUUAGCUAGAUAAAUUAAGUUGUUUCGUUGUUCUCAUGUAUGAUAUAACUUUAAGUUUGAAUUUGAAUGUUGUUUCACUUAUUUUCGGAUGGAGUAUCGGAAAAAAA